AUCUGAAUGCCUGGAACCCAUCUCCACUAAACGAUGCAGUUGUUAAAGAGAGUUGAAAUAUUUGUUAACAUCUUCAAAGGCGAACGCUAUUGCUGCCUUGUAAUGGGGCUGUGUCACGGCAGUCUAGUCUAUUUGCUUAAUUUUUCUAAUUACUAGCCUAAAGGUGGAUUUCCACUGUCGCGUAAUUUAUACGCGACAGCAGAAAUCUAGUGAUUCAUUAGGGAUAUACUUUUCUGUAGUUCAGUACGCGGCUCAUAAAACCUCGAAAUCCCUCAAAGUAACGACUGUAGGGGGGCCUUGAAAUGUUUUAGUUUUGCUAGGCUAUCUGUUCUCCAAUAUUGUCCAAUAAUUAAGCUUAAACAAUACUCUUUUUUAUAAUAAUCUUUUAUAAACUGCCAAAAUAUCUUUGGCACAGUUCAUAGCACAAAAGUUGUUGCUACAGAUGGUGAUUGAAACUUGAAAAAAUUGGGCCGACUUUUUCACACGAUUUAAUGCUUUGCCUUCAGAAAUAAAAAUAUAUAUAUAUUAUUAUGGUUAGUACUCGUUGAUGAAGAUUGUUUGAUCUUCUUCAUAACACUACAGGAGUAUUUUUUUCAGUAAUGACUUCAAAACAGAAUUGAGCCAAAAGAGAGCUACCUUAGUAGUACUUAAUUUCGCGAUUUUGGCAAGACAGUAUUUCGCGGGGUUUUUAUUUUCGCGAUUUCACUAGGUAAUUAUAAAAAAAGGCAUUAGAUUUUGCGAUUAAAGCGUUCUCAACCUGAUUUUAAUUUUCAAACGUCUGAAUUCUUUAAAAUAUCGAGAUAAAAUGAAACAAGGAAAACGCAUAUUAACGUUAUUUUACAACAGAAGGCACUUUCAAGGAAUGGAACUUACCAGUUAACCAGCUAAGAAUUUGUCGGUUUAAAUCUCGCAGGGAUUUUUAUUCGUGGGUCUUUAAUUUCGCGAUUUUUCCACAAUCGCGAAAACCGCGAAAUUAAGUACCAAUAACUUAGGUAUAUACUCGUGACGUAAUCCCUUUAAUGUUGGUAAUUGAUUUAAUUGUAGGCGCUGGCGCAGCAAAGACAGCAAAGAGAUCCAGGUCUUCGAGAAAAGGCAAAAGGGCGUUAUCUUCAUGUGCUGUUCCCUCUCCAAAACAACCGAAACUUUUGAAAGAGGAAGGUAAAGUUCGUUUCUGGGUUAUUUAGAGUAAGGGUUGGUGUCGCAUUACUUGUGUAUGAGAGAGUUUAGGAUGGUCUUGUGUCAUCGGUCUCGUGUCUCUAAAAUGCGACUUUACAAGUUGUUUAGCCUAUGAAAUAAGAGUGUGACAGUACUUCCCGCCGGCUCAACUUGGCUCAUCCCUAUUAUUCUUGCAGCCCUAUCGCUUAAACAAAAGCACUUCUGAAAUAAAGCGUUUGUGUGGGUUACUUUCCUCUGCUGCACAGGGCAGUGGCUUUAUUAUUUAAGUCUCCCUUUCUAGUUGGAAAUCCUGAUGAAGCUAUAGUUGUGUAGCCUCGGUUACACUUAGAGAAAAUCUUGAGAUUCUCACGUCUGACACACUCUCCAAACUUCUAGUGUACUUUGUAACACGAUAUGCUUAGCGUAAGGUACAAGUAGAACGAGGCCACAUUUAGGCCUGGACCCUGGUUGUACUUUUAUCGCGUUACUUCCAGUGUAAGAAACUAACUAUUUAGCGGUAGCCUCUUGUCAGUCAGAUCAGCCUCCUACGCAGACCUUCUAAAGGGUUCGUGACGCCCUAGGAAAGUCUGCUUGGGAGCCUAGGCUGCUGAAAAUCGAACCACAUUCCUUACCCUUUGUAUUUGCAGUGUAAUGAACAAACCAAUCACUUGUCACAAGAUUGAGAGUGAUCUCAGUUCUGUUUUGGAUCGCAAAUGAUUUGUCCAUUAUUUUUUUUAAGAAAUGAACCUUCAAAGUGAAUUGUUUUUACAGAGAGUAUAUGCCAGACAGUUUUCAUAAAAAUGUAAGCGUUGAUAGCAUUUUCUUUUUCGCAAAUGUUACCAUUGUCUCGGUGAAGCGUAUUCUGUCCAGAAGGUAUUUUAAUUUAUGUCAUCGAAAACUUAUACUUGUAUAGACAGUAACAUACUUAUCUGUAAGCAAAAUAAGGAGAAUUAACAGCCUUUCUGCUUACUGAGGAGAGAAAAGCAUGUCACAGUGAGAUUAAUCCGUUUGGAAUGUCAACUCUUUACGUUUGUGUUUAUUGACAAAUAUUCCCUCACCUUUUUGUUUCCAGCAGGUUGGGACAACUCGAUUGUUGUUGAACUGCUCAAAGCUGAAUACAAAAGGCGCUGCCUGUUAAGACCACUUCUUUGGGAUAGCACUAUCGAGUUACCCCUUGAGAACGUUUACACGAGACUGAAAAUCAUUUCAAGAAGAAAGUUGGCCAUCCCGAUGGAAGCCAAUAUGGCGAAUAUGUUCGACGUCACAGCCCAUGAAAAAAGUGCGGAUGUCCUGACGCUAGCACAGGGAAGUCCAGACUUGAGGGUGGACGUGAAUGACGAGUUUAGUGUGUUCGAUUUCGUUAAAGCUCCUGAUAAAGUUGGGGAUGUCAUGAGGCUAGUAGAGAGACAAAAACCAGACUUAGUGAGUGGAAAUGAAGAGGUGAACGUGACUGAAAUCUUCAAGACCCCUGAAAAAGGUGCGGAUGUCCUAACGCUAGCACAGGGAAGUCCAGACUUGAGGGUGGACGUGAAUAAUGAGUUUAAUGUGUUCGAUUUCUUCAAAGCUCCUGAUAAAGUUGAGGAUGUCAUGAGGCUAGUAGAGGGACAAAAACCAGACUUAGUGAGUGGAAAUGACGAGGUGAACGUGACUGAAAUCUUCAAGACCCUUGAAAAAGGUAAGGAUGUCAUGACGCUUGUCGAAGGAAGUCCAGGAAUCGGUAAAACAACGUUUUGCCUUAAACUUGCCUAUGACACUACACAUGGAAAAAUCCCAACAGAGUGUUCCUUUCCCAAGUUUGAAGUUGUGUUGCUCCUCAAAUGUCGAGACAUUGAUGGAAAUAUAAUGGAUACCAUAAGAGAACAACUUCUGCCCAGAGAUAUUGAGGAGAAGAUUGUAGAGAAAUUGUUGCACUUCUUGAAGGAUAUUCAUAACCAGGAGAGAAUUUUUAUCAUUUUGGAUGGUUUGGAUGAGCUGCCUGAAAAAUCACGGCACCAUGUAGAUGAGCUGCUUCACAGACGAAUUUUUCCAUUUUGCUAUGUCUUGGCUACGACACGACAGGAAAGAGGGAUUGAAGCACGAAAAACCUUUGUGUUUGACAUUCACUUAGAAAUCAAAGGGUACACGGAAAGUGAUUCUAUUGCGUAUGUCAGAAGACACUUUGAAACCAUUGGUCAGUCACCAAAGGGGGAGAGGCUCAUUGAGGAAAUGCAACAGAACGCCUUCUUGAAUGCACUCCGAAAUAACCCGCUAAAUUUACUUCUCCUUUGUGUUGUUUAUGAGGACUACGAGGGAAAAUUGCCGACUUCCCGGACGGAACUGUACCAAGUCAUUGUGCAAUGUCUUUUGAGGCGAUACUGCGCCAAACGCAACUGGCCCGCCCCUGAAGAUGACAGUGUCCUAGAGAAAAUGUUUGAAAAGGAAGUUCUUGCACUCGGAGAGCUUGCUUGGUUAUGCCUGCUGAGUGAUCGUUAUGGUUUCCGUGAAUCUGAAAUGGAUGAGUUUGAAAGGAAAUACCCCGGAUUGGUAGCUCGUGAGCUAGGACUUCUUUACAAGGAAGAAAGUCUAAAGAGACUUAAGCCUCAACAUGAGUACUGCUUUCUUCACAAGACCUUCCAAGAGUACGUGGCUGCCGCGUAUAUUGCAGAGAAGGUAGUAAAUGAACAGUUUAAUGUAUUUAAGCACCUCUACAUAAGCUUUGAUGACAUGGUAACGAAAUAUCGACAAGUGUUUAUUUUUGUUUCUGGUAUGCUGGGCCAGAAAGCUACAGUUCUGUUCACCCAGAUUGGAGAGGAGUUAAAGAAGUCAUAUGACUGGAAUUGGAACGAGCAUUGCAAUGAGAAGAUUGCUACUUUCUUUAUUCAAAGCUUUGAUGAAAGUGGACAUGCAGCACAAAUGGCAGUUACUCUUUGUAACAUUACACCUUUUCCAAAGGUCAUCACUUCCAAGCUAGUAGACAAUUACAAUGCGUCGUUUAUCAAGGUUUUAAUGGCUUGCAGAAGCUUUUCAAAUUUACAGACACCUGUUGAACUCUAUGCUAAUAUUGACCGGGGGAGAAGAGGCUCGGAGAGAGGAGCAAGUGACGUAGUAAAUUAUAUAGAAUCCUGCCCGCAGCUGACAAGCUUUUCAAAUUUAAGGACACCUUUUGAACUCUAUACUGAUAUACAUGUAGGUGACCGGGAGAGAGGAGCAAGUGACGUAGUAAAUUAUAUAGAAUCCUGCCCGCAGCUGACAAUCGUAAGUUUUCGUGUUCAUGAUCUGGGAUCUUUGACGUCAUCUGAUGCAGAUCGUCUUUGCAAAUGGUUUUCUGCAAGCAAGAGCUUAUCAGAGUUUACUCUUAAAUACAUAUCUCAUGUAUGUCUUGAAAAAUAUGAGCUGCUGGUUCAAAUUGGCCGUGGGUUGGCUUCAUGUCGAACUCUGACAAAAGUAACGUUUGCUUUGCCUGGAUAUGCUUAUAACGAGAGUUUUUUUAAUGCGUUCGAAACUGGAUUGACAACGCUGACGUCUGUUAAUCUCGUGCUAUGGGGCUCAAUGAAGUACACUGCGACACGAGGCUUACAACAUUUUUUGUCAAAUAAAUCCUUCAAUUCUCUUUCUCUUUGUACUGUUGGAUGUGUGCUGGAUUUGUUAGUCGCUGCUGUCAGUCAAGCACUUGCCAGACAAACAGUUUUAAAAUCUCUUGAUUUACAUCUUGAUGGACCGCUGAGUUCCUCUAGUGCCCGUUUCCUGGAAAAAGGGCUUAUGGAAAAUAGUUCUUUAAAUUAUUUAAGACUGCGUGUCCACGGUGAGCUCCCUGGUAACUGGCAUUCUGUUGUGGAAAAUGUUCGCUUAGCGAAAAAGUCCCCAUUUUGCUGUUCUUUUUAUCCAAAUACCUUUAACAACGUAGCAAAGAAUGAUUUUCGUCCUGUUCAGGUUAGGAAAGGGUUAAAUGUAAAGCAACACUUAACUGUUAACGUCUGGGGUGAGAUGAAAUGCGAAGCGGCAGAAGCUCUUUGUGAAGUCUUGGCACCUUCCUCCAUUACUGUUCUCACCUUAAACGUGCGUGGAAAUUUGACAAGCGAAGUUUCUAGUUCCAUUGCAAGAUGUCUGGAAGAAAACAAGACACUAUCUUCCCUGUCCGUCAAUAUAUGGGGCGAGUUGAUAACAGACGGAGGUAAUGUUCCUUUCAGCCUUUCAAAAAACAGUCGCGUUCAGUUAAAUGUACAUGAUGUGCGUAUAGGCCCAGAUGAGUCGAACGAUGUUCUUGUUACCACUACCGAUAAUCCUGUGGCAUUGACAGUCUUUUUUACUAACGUUAAGGAGAGAAGAAAACAAAACGUCCGUCUUGCAAUCAAUAACGAUAGUAAUGUUACCAAGGAGUGGACACGUUGUCUAGGUGAUGCUUUGGCAGAAAAUCCAUCUCGGACCGCGCUUGAUCUUACAGUCAACAGCUGCUUCGUGGAUGCAGAUUUGGGAGAAAACCUCGGGAAUAGUUUAUUGCGAAGCAGUUCUUUAACAUCUCUUAGUCUCACAUUCAACUUCAGUAACAUGAAAGAAGGAUGGGAAUGCAAACUGGGUGAGCGUUUGAUCAAAAUGGCAUCUUUAACUACACUCAGUCUUGAAAUAAACGGCGAGGGCGAGUGGAAUCAGAAGGAUAGUUUGAGUCCUGCACUCAGCAGCUUUGACUAUGUUGAGGAGAAUCAGGAGAAUUGUUUGAUUCCGACUAAACUGAGUAACGUGCUAGCGGCGAUCAAAUCAUUAUCUUCCCUUUCUGUUGCAAUCCGUAGUAAUAGCAUGUUUUCAUUUUGGGAUGAGGUUGUAGGUGACUGUUUGAUAAAAUGCACGUCACUUAAGAAACUUAGUCUCACAUUUGACGUGGGUAUUUCAGACUUUUGCGUUUUUAGUGGCCUUUGUAACGGCUUGGGGACAACAAGGUCAUUAAAUACAUUGUGUGUAGCAAUUUUUAUUAGCGAUCCCAUUGACUGGGUUUUUUCAAGUUUUUCAAGUAUGUUUUCUAGUCUUAAUCAAGGUCUGUCAUUAAACUCGUCAGUAACUACACUGACACUAACAGUAACUGUGGCAGCAGGUGAAACAAAUUAUAUUGCUUGGCCGAUUAUGUUCGAUCAUCGACUACCAAGGAACAAGUCAAUAACUACGUUAAAUGUCACAAUAAAUGAGGGUGGUAAUGGAGAAUCGCUUAUUCCGGAGGUCUUACGCGGAUCUAGAGUCUUUGAAGGUUUGGCAAAUAGCACAUCAGUCACAACAUUCAAUCUGACACUCAACAGUAGCAGAGACGUGAGUGAUGACUGGUUAACAGGCCUUUCCGACACCUUAAAGAAAAACACCUCAUUAACUACUCUGAGAUUAAAAGUGAACAACCAUUGUGCUACAGGUAAAAGUCGUUUAUAUGACUUAAGUAAACUUUUAAUAGGAAGCAGAUCAUUAUCCUUACUUGAACUCGAUGUAAGUUUCUUUGGAAAAGAGAGUGGGUGUCAUAAGGUUUAA